CUUUUGGCUCUCGCUCGUUUUCGGCGCGACCGACUGCCACAGCACAGGAAGGCUGCCAAGACGUUGGCGACGUCCCUGUGACCACUUGCUGCGUACUGUACGCCAAUAAAUAGCUUGGGAAGGGUUGAUACUUCUUAUGCAUCACGUCCUGCCAUCAAGCAAAAGACAAUUCCUCAGCACAUCUCACCAUGCCCGUGUACGCCUACCCACGCAAUGAGUUUGGUCCACACAUCAUGAUUGACACCUUUCUACUCGAGUUGGACCGCGUGCUCAGUGAUCCUGCCGCUCUGAGGGCUGCCAAAGAUCGAAGCGGUGGCACAAUCGUCGUCAAUUAUUGCGGGCAGCCUCGCAAUCCAACAAUCGAGUUGCCUCCCAAGGGCAACCUGGAGCUAUCAACCAAGGGCCGCGGAUCGCUGCGCAUCACCAAUACCGACCGAGCACAGCGCCGGGCCCUCUCAAAGCAGGACAUUAUCGACGUCGCGCGCUGGGCUCUCCUUCCCGAUGGUGGCGUUCGGCGCGUGCUGGGAGUCAUGCCACGCCAGCCAUCUGCCCUGCCUCGGCACGCUCUGCAGCCCACUGUCAUGGGUGUACAAGCUCGCGUGCCAACGUACGUAUGCUAUGGAGGCACGAUCGUCUUCGACAAUGCCCCUUGGCUCAAGUUCGACUUUGCUCCCACGCCCGUCCUCUGCGGGGAGGGCUACUUGGGCUGAGCUGAAGCAAGCGCGUCACGUAACCCUGCGACGAGGAGCACGGGCAAGAAGAGUGCCGCAAAGAGCGACCCGAAUACUUCAAUUAGCACGCAUCCACUGCUGCCUUCUUGACAGCAGCACCGUCCUUGCAGUAUCUGAACGCAAUAGUCACG